GGGGGUACAUAUCUUUGUGUCUUGCAAUUGCUCAGACCCUCUCUAACCCCCCUGACUGACACAUUCGGCAACAUCAACAGCACAUGUAUGAUGAAAAACAUGGACAUUUACUGGACUUUUUAGACCAAAGAUAGCAGCAGACAAUAAGAUCUGAUGACUUUGAGACAACCUCCUGAGUAGUUUUUCGGGGUGGAUAAAACUUCCUGUGUAACUUUGUAAAUAUUAUUGUCGCUAAAAAGUUGACGCAAAAUGGAUCUUACAGCCAAACACGGGCUGGUGUUGCUCGACCAGCUGAGGAAGAUGAGGGAGACGGAGCAUCUGACAGAUGUGGUGCUGAUUGCUGAAGGCAUCAGCUUUCCCUGUCACCGGGUGGUUCUAGCCGCCUUUAGCCCGUACUUUCGCGUUAUGUUCACCUGUGGCCUGCGCGAGUGCAACAACAGAGAAAUAAUCCUGCGUGAUACCUCUGCAGACAGUCUGGCCCUCCUCUUGAACUACAUGUACUGCUCAGAUCUCCCUCUCACUAACGCCAAUGUCCAAGGCAUCUCUAUUGCAGCUUUUCUCCUGCAGAUGGAUGACGUAUUCAAUCGCUGCCAGCUGCACAUGACCGAGAACAUGGAUGCCUCCAAUUGCCUUGGCGUGUAUUACUUUGCCCGUGACCUCGGUGCAGAAGACCUAGCUGACCACGCUCAGCGGUUCCUAAGGCAGCACUUUGUCCAGGUCUGCCAAAACGAGGAGGUCCUGGAGCUGGAGGCCCAUCAGCUGGGGAAGCUCCUGACUUCUGAUGACCUUAAUAUUUCACGAGAGGAGACCAUCCUGGACAUAGUCCUUUGCUGGGUCAAACACAGCACUCUGAUAGAUAGAGAGGUCCGUUUCCUGCACCUUCCAGAGCUCCUGAGGAAGGUCCGUCUGCCACUGAUAAACCCUGACUAUUUAAGAGAGACGAUAAAGAGGAACACGGCCCUGCUUUCUGAUGCUGAAUGUCUAGAGAUGCUCAAUGAGGCCUUGGAUGCCACAGCAAUGCAUCCCUCAGCUGCACCACGCAAACUAAAGCUGCGGUACGGCAUGGAGACCACAGAUCUGCUGCUUUGUAUCGGCAACGACAGUAGUGGGAUUAGGUCAAGAUAUGGAAGCUAUGCUGAGCGCAGUUUUUGCUAUGCCCCAUCCACAAGCCGAACCUACUACAUCACCUCACCUCGCUAUGGAGAGGCUCUGGGGUACGUGUGUACCGGGGUUGUAACUGACGGAAAUGACAUUAUAGUGGCAGGAGAGGCAAGUGCACGCAGAAUGGCCCGACAGAAGGACAUGAAUGUUGAGGUUUUCAGGUACAAAGUAGAGGCCCAAGGAAGCUGGGAGCGCCUGACGUCAGCAGAGUACCGUGAUUCAUACGCUCUGGGAUCACUGGGUGACACUCUGUACCUGCUGGGUGGGCAGAUGAAGCUGAAGAACCAGUUUCUCAUUACUAACUGUGUGGAGCGAUGGUCUCUGCAAGGCGGACCCUGGCGCAGUGCAGCACCCCUGCCUCUGCCUUUGGCCUAUCACAGCGUGGUCAGAAUGAAAGAUCGCCUUUAUGUGAUGGGUGGUCGAACCCCACAGUCAUACCGGAUGGAUGAUGAGCCUGACCGUCUUAGUAACCGCCUCCUGGAGUAUAAUCCAGAAACAAAUAAGUGGACAGAGUUAGGUCCCAUGAAGUACUCAAAGUACCGCUGCAGUGCUGUUGAACUCAAUGGAGAAAUCUUCGUGAUGGGCGGUAUUGGAUGUGAGGGUAUGGAUCGUGGGCAGUCACGUCACUGCCUCAAUGUGGUGGAGAUCUACAACCCAGAUGGAGAUUACUGGAGGGAUGGACCACCUCUCCCAUGUGCACAACUCUCACUGCGCACCACUGCCCCCAAUGCAGGAGUUGUGGGGGGCAAGAUUUAUGUGUGUGGAUACUACAAAGGAGCAGAUCGUCAUGAUGACAUAACAAAGGACAUUUUGGAGCUAGACCCCUGGGACAACCGGUGGACAGUGGUUGCUCGGCAAGCUCUGAUGCAUGACAACUAUGAUGUUUGCUUAGUGGCAAAUCUCAACCCAAGGGGACUCAUGUCCCCACCUGCAGACUUAGUUAAAAUGUGACACCCGUCAGAUCAGAUCAAAGUCUCUUUUGAAGAAAUAGGGAUGGUUAAUCAAUUAUUAAUUAUUAAUGCACUUAUUGCUGGGCCAAAGGCAUUCAUUUUUUCAAGCGGAAAAGGUCUUAGUGCCACGCUGCAUGAAUGAGUAUCUGCGGUUUAUGAUUUGCACGUUAGAAUGAGAACAGACAGAUAAAUUGUAAAUACAGUUUUUUUUGUUUUUUUUUUAAAUUGUAUCUGCAGAGAAUGAUCAUCUGAAACCUGCAGCUCUGUGGCACAUAGCAUUAUCAGCAAACCAGGAAAUGAUGUCCUUUGAGAUUACACUGACAAAAAUUAUAGUUAUAAUUAGGGCUGUAACCUUUAGUAACGUUUAGUCUACAAAACUAUUAAAAAAUGUGCAUUUGCAAAUUCUCAGAGGCCACAGUGAAGUCUUAAGUUUGUUUGUUCGAAACAAAGUCCAAAACCUUAAGAUAUUUAAUUUAUGGUCAUAUAGGACAAGAAAAGCACACUGGAGAAGCGCAAACUAGGAAAUGUUUUGCAAAAGGACUGAAAUGAUUAACUGACCAUCAAAAUAGUUUAAUUUUCUGUAAGUCGAUUUAAUCGUUGCAGCUCUAGUUAUAAUUAUGGACUUUGAUAAAAAAAACUGGCUUUGAUACUAAUUAUAUCAAAAUGAUGGUAAAGUAUUUGGUCUGUUUUUACAGGAUACAUUAUUUAGUACAUAUACAGUAUAAAAAGUGAAUAUUUUAUAUUGUAUUAAUUUGUUUUCUUUGCUACGCUUCCUGAAACAGAAUGAAACUGGUUUUUGCUAAUAAAAAUGCGCCUUGGCAAUAGUAUGGA